AUGAUCCUGAAGCAGGAUGCCGGGCUGGUAGCUCCCGCGUCCGGCCUGUUUCUGAGACCACAAAGGCCAUCUCAACGGUGGCCCUGCAGCCGAAAGAACUACGCGGCAAUGGAUGAUUUUCCAGGUGCAGUGGAUCCCCGUUUUCCGUUCCAUCUCUUCCGCAUUCUUACAUACAUGACUGAUGAUCUGCUUCACUUAUUCUUCCUUUUGUCCAUCACCUCCCCUCCAAGUGAGGCGACAAUGCUUGCCCGUCGACCAGUGAGCGAAAGCCUGCAUGCAAUGACAGGGUGGGCUAGCAACGUGGCGUCGUCCCAGUAGCUCUUGGUCUCCUUCCGGAUUCAUCCCCGGUCCACACACGGCAAAGUGCUCAGUCAACGACGGUAAGGC